AUGAUGGACGGUACAGGCAAGAACAAAGCAGGCUACGCUAAGAUUCGUUUUUGCGGAGACCAAGCCUGGCGCGAUGGGCUGAAAUUCUUCUGGGUAGACACAUGCUGCAUCGACAAGUCUGACAGCGCCGAGCUUCAGCACGCUCUCAACUCCAUGUUCCAUUGGUACCGCGGCGCGGUGAAAUGUUACGUGUACUUGGCAGACGUCUCAACCCAUCAACACAGUGACGGCCCCGGUUGGCAACCGACCUUUCGAGAGAGCAGAUGGUUUUCCCGAGGAUGGACCCUCCAAGAGCUCAUUGCCCCAACGAUCGUCGAAUUUUUCUCUAAAGAGGGCGAGCGCCUGGGAGAUAAGGAGUCUCUGGAACAAGAAAUCCACGAUAUAACCGGAAUUCCGCGAAAAGCCUUCCAAGGUGUCACUCUAUCUGAUUUCAGCGUCGCCGAACGGAUGCGAUGGAUCGAGAAGCGUGACACAAAAUACGAGGAAGACAAGGUGUACUCUCUAUUCGGCAUCUUCGAUGUGCACAUGCCGGUUCUCUAUGGCGAAGGAAGGGAGAAAGCGGCUGCAGGACAAGUCUUCGACAACCCCGACUUCAACCGAUGGCGCCAGCUGCGGGAGAGUCGCCUGCUCUGGGUCAAGGGAGAUCCAGGCAAGGGCAAGACCAUGUUGCUAUGCGGUAUCAUCGACGAGCUAGAGCGGCGUGUUAUCGCUGACGGCGGCAACUUGGCGUAUUUCUUCUGCCAAGCUACCGACUCACGCAUCAAUAAUGCAACUGGCGUGCUACAAGGCUUAAUCUACCUACUUGCCCACCGGCAACCACGCCUGCUCUCACAUCUACCGGAGAACACAUACCCCUCCGAUGAUACAAUGGCAUGGAUCGUCCUAUCUAAGGUUUUAUGCGAGAUGCUAGAAGACCCGAACUUGAAGGUCACCUAUCUGGUGAUUGAUGCUUUGGACGAAUGUGUGACAGACCAACCGCAGCUUCUCGAGUUGAUCGUCCAGAUAUCAUCUGUGUCUGCUUGUGUCAAGUGGCUUGUAUCUAGUCGCAACGAGGUGCAGAUCGAAGAACACUUAGCGAUCGUCGCGCAACAGUCCAGACUCAGCCUCGAGCUAAACGCCAAAUCUGUCAACACUGCCGUCAGUGCAUAUAUCCGCCACAAAGUCCUUCACUUGUCGCGCCGGAAACGGUACAACAGCACAAUGCAGACGGAGGUACAUGGCUAUCUCUCUUCUAACGCGAAUGGGACUUUUCUCUGGGUGGCCUUGGUCUGCCAAGGACUUGGGGAUCCGAGCGUUCGGAAGUGGGAGACACUAAAAAAGUUACGGACAUUCCCCGCAGGGUUGGAUUCCCUAUAUGCGCGGAUGAUGGAGCAGAUUAUUCAGUCCAAUCACGCGGAUCUGUGCAGGCAAAUUCUUGCCGUCUCUAUCGUUCGCCGACCCAUCAGCCUUCAAGAACUGACCUCUCUCGUGGAGAUGUCAGGCGAUAUUUCAGACGAUCCGCAGUCCCUGGAAGAGCUUAUAGGGCUUUGCGGCUCGUUUUUGACUCUUCGAGACCAGACUGUUUAUUUUAUCCACCAAUCAGCCAAGGACUUUCUAUUAGGCAAUGCUUCUGAUAAAGCUGGUAACCAAGCUUCUCUGGAGACAUUCAAGUGGGUUUUUCCUUCUGGGAAAGAUGUGAACUAUACCAUCUUCUCGAGGUCACUUGAUUCCAUGUCUACAACACUGCGACGCGACAUAUACGGCUUAAGGGCACCGGGAUUUCCGAGUGACAAGGUCCAAAUACCAAAUCCAGACCCGCUAGUGUCACACGGACAUAUGCUACACUCUUGGUGGCAUACGGGCAUAUGCCACACUCCUGGUGUCAUACGAGAAAGACCUACAUGUAUGCAGAUCGCUAGAUGCCUUGGAGCCUCAGGUGACAAGGACCCGUAUGUACUAGAUAUGUACCGUUUCCCUUUUGGCAUAAGAAGGCCUUGA